AUGGUACCCUGCUCUGACAACAUCCGUCGCAUGACGGACGAUAGGCCUUCAAGGGUUCAUCUGGUUCGAUCUGCCUAUGAUAUAUUUGCAUGCAUCUACAGUUACGGCUUCAAGAGGAGUUCAACUUGCGAAUUCCUUCCACUCGCCACUUUAAAAAUAAAUUUAAGCAACCUACGCUAUGGCUCUACCAAAGUUGAGCCUAUCCUUGAUCCGAUAAAGGAGGCCACUAGCAAAUCUGACGAGAAUCGCUUCAGUGAGCCCACGUCUAAAAUGCCGUCCCAAUCACACGGGACUGACCACGAGAUUUCGAACAUAGAUUCCUCCAUAUCUACGGACAAACUACCACCAAGCACUCUACCUAUCGCAUCCACCCCGCCUCAUCGGUCCCCCAUGGUGCAGCAAAACCCGUUUGGAGACGCAGAUUUCAUCGCCUUGGCACGCAUCUUCAGUGGCCGGGUGAAUGUUGGUCAAAAAUUAUUUGUGCUUGGGCCCAAAUUUGACGGAAAUAAGGUGUUCGUUCUGAGAGCUAUUUUUCCUGAGGCCCACGGGAUGGUUCAAGCGACCACUGUUGCUUCUCAUUAA